UCGAGCUCGCCACUGACGACGACGACGAUGGCCCCCCUCCCAUCGAGGCCGGUAUUCCAGUACCCGAUAUUCCUCUCCAGCUGCCCCCAAUGUCAUAUCCAGCUCGAGGUCGCCGUCCCAUCUCCGCGCCCAAAGCAGGGCACGCUCCUCGACGUGCAGUGCUUCGCCUGCCGUAGCACAUACACGCAUGCCCUCUAUCCUGCGCAGAUCGUCGACGCUGCCGGCGCGGGCCGCGUGGGGACGUCGUCGCAGGGGCCGAGCUCGCCCAGACCUGAUCGAACGCAGACACCGGGCGUGAAGCGCUCCUCCCGCAAGAUCGGCACGCAGGAGCGUCCACUAGAGACGGGGUAUUACGACAUCCUGGGCGUCUCGGUGGACGCGACGACGGACGAGAUCAAGAAGGCGUAUCGUCGCGCCGCCAUCAAGCACCACCCGGAUAAGAAUCCGGACGAUCCGCACGCCGAAGAGCGCUUCAAGGAGAUCGCCAUAGCAUACCAGACGCUCUCAGACCCAGCCCUGCGCAAGAAGUACAACGAGUAUGGCAGCAAGGAAAGCCAGCCCGAAGGAGGCUUCGUCGAUCCAGAAGACCUCUUCGGUGCAAUAUUCGGCGGCGCUGCAUUCGUGCCUAUCAUCGGACACAUCAGCCUCGCUAAGGACAUGAAAGAGGCCUUGCAGGAGGCAGACGACGAGCUAGGCGCAGGCGCACAACCAAGGUUAGAUGCGCAAGGACGACCCAUACUCGAUCAGGACGGCAGACCACUUCCGUUACUUGACGCGAAGGGACGGCCAGUCCUAAGCGAGGAAGAGAAGAAGCGGCGCGAAGAGCGCAAAAGGCGGCGAGCGGAAGAGAAAGAAGCCGCCCGCGCCGAACGCGUGCGCGAGCUCGUCGCCAAUCUCGAGCAGAAGCUCGGCAAGUUUGCAGAGGUCGCGAGCGGGCCGGAUGACGCAGCCGUGGCGCACAGCUGGAGGGAAAUGUGCCGAAUCGAGGCGAGCGACCUCGCCGCCGAAUCCUACGGCCCCGAGCUCCUGCAAACAAUCGGCUUCGUGUACACCAGCAAGGCGAAGCACCACCUCGCGACGCAGCAGACGCUGUUCGGCGUCGGCGGCUGGAUGCACAACAUUCAGGGGAAGUACCAUGUCAUUAGCGAGACCAUGUCCACCGUGCGCUCCGCGAUCGAGCUCAAGUCCGUCUUCGACCAGAUCCAGGCCGCGGAGAAGGCGGGCAACCUGAGCGAGGACGAGCGGCGCCGGCUCGAGGAGCAGGCCGCGGAGAAGGGGCUCCAGGCGUUGUUCAAGGGCACCAAACUCGAGAUCGAGUCCGUCCUGCGCGAGACCUGCGACCGCGUGCUCGAGGACCCGAACAUCACGCCGCGAACGGCGCAGCUGCGCGCGGUCGCGCUGCAGAUUAUGGGCGAGGUCUACAUGAGCGUCAAGAAGCCCGAGGGGCUGCUGGGCGAGGACAGCGAGUACGUGAAGAUCGAGAACAAGCGGAGCUCGCGGGCGGGGUCGAGGUAGGGUGGGGGAGUUGACUGGGAUGUGGUAGAGAUGGGUGUCAUGAGGCAGGUGAAGGGGUGUCAUACUGCCAGGUCGGGCCCGUGUCAUGCUAGCUGCAAGCGAAGCCCUCCCGCUGACCGGAAGCGAAGCCCUCUCGCGCUGAGCUCGAGAUAGCUAGCCCUCGUAAGUAGCGAAGGGCCAAAUCGUAGCGAAGGGACAACUCAUCAUUUCAUCGCAAGCACGAGAGGAGGGGCUGCGUCGGACAUAUGAUGCAUGGAGCGCCUUGUAUUUGUACUCCCAUAGUCAGUAUUAUACGUUACGCUGCAAACGCCCUGGCUCAGCUCACACAUUGGCUCCGUCAG